AUGGAGGAGAGGCAACGAAAGCCACAUGCCAUUAUAAUUCCUUUCUGCUUUCAAGGACAUAUUACCCCAGCUAUCAACCUUGCUCUCAAGCUUGCUUCAAAGGGCUUCACCAUUACUUACAUCCACACCGAAUUUAUUCAUCACUUGAUAACUAAAGCCCAGAAUCUCAGUUCUUCUACUGAAAUAGAUUUCUUUGCUGAAGCUCGAAAAUCUGGACUGGAAAUACAUUACAGCACGAUUUCUGAUGGGUUUCCUCCAGAAUUUGAUCGGGAUCUCAACUUCGACGAGUUCUGGGAUUCUAUGUUUCGGGAUUUCCCUGUUCGUGUUGAUGAACUAGUUGGAAAAACAAUUCAAUCCGAUCCAUCUUCUGUGUAUUUUCUGAUUGCUGACACUUUCUAUUCAUGGCCAGCAGCAAUUGCUGAAAAGUACAGUCUGGUGAAUGUUUCACUGUGGACAGAACCAGCUACAGUGUUUGCUAUAGAUUAUCACUUGGAUCUUCUCAGAGAAAAUGGCCAUCUCCCAUGGAAUGGUGAUUUUGAGCAUCAAAUAGAUUACAUACCCGGUGUUCAGCCAAUUAGCAAGAGUGACUUGAUGUCAUAUCUCCAGGAUGAUGACGUAACCACAACAUUGCUCAAGAUUGUUAUCAAGGGGUUUGAGCAAGUGAAGAAGGCAGACUUUAUCUUAUGUAACACGAUCCAUGAACUUGAAUCGGAAUCACUAUCAACCCUUAAUCUGAAAAAACCAACUUAUGCAAUUGGCCCUAUAAAUUUUGAUACUACCUUCUCAAAUAUUAGUGUUGCUAAAAGCCUUUGGUCUGAAUCAGAUUGCACUCAGUGGCUCAAAUCCAAGCCUCCUGGCUCCGUUUUGUACAUCUCUUUUGGUAGCAUUGCUCAGAGUAAUAAGCAGGAUAUUGGGGAGAUAGCAAAUGCUCUUCUUCUAACUGGAGUAAAUUUUAUCUGGAUCCUCCGGCCAGAUAUUGCCGGCCCUGAUGAAACUGAUAUUUUGCCUGAUGGAUUCAAUAAUCGUAUAAAGGAUCGAGGGCUCAUCCUUCCAUGGUGCAAUCAAAAUAUUGUCCUUUCACUCGAGUCAGUAGAUCAACCUACAAACAGGAAACUGGUGGUUAGUGACUGGAAGAUUGGAAUUAAUCUUUGUGAAGGGAAGCAACUUAGUAUGAAAGAAGUUGCUCAGAAGAUUAACAUGUUGAUGAGUGGAAAAACUUCUGAUGAUUUGAAGCAAGAGAUGAAGAAAGUAAGGAAGAUCAUGCACAGUGCAUUAGACAUGGAUGGAUCAUCACAGAGAAAUUUCGUUCAGUUUCUCGAAAAUUUGAAGGUAAAAUUAUAUGACAGAAUUGAGGAAGUACCGUAA